AUGACAACUUUUUCAGAACCGGAUAUUGCGAUCAACCAGUUUGAACAUGACCCUCUUCCCGAUCCCAAAGCAUAUUUUCGAUUACUGGAAAUCCAACAGGCUGGUCUGGGCGAACACGCUGUCUGCCAGCUGACGACAUGGCUGAUUGAGGACGCACCUCCGUACACGGCAAUAUCGUACACUUGGGGCGAUUCCACUUCGACAACUACCGUUUCGAUCAAUGGUGCGCAGAUGCCAGUCCGAGCGAAUUGUGAAUACGUCUUACGACAAGCGUACGCAUCGAAAACCAGUUUAUACUAUUGGAUAGACGCCAUCUGCAUCGAUCAAACUGGAAAUCACGAGAAGAACCACCAAGUCGCCAUGAUGGGCCAGUUAUACAAACGAGCAGCGCACGUUCUUGCAUGUAUUGGA